ACUAAUCUUAUUAUAAAGGACAGAUGGUUUUGUAGAAGCGCGUAUUCAACCAUUAGACCGAUGGUGUUUCGUAACAUCAAGUGUUUUUCUUUGGAUAUACAUUUUUUGGUCAUUGAAGAACAUGAAAUGAAGACAAAAGAAGUACGUGCGCGGAGAAGUGCUCCUGCAAGUGUCUCCCAUUCAUUCUGAUUUUUAAAGUUAAUCACAGACUCCAUGUGGUGUUGAUACUCUCACAGCUCAAAAUGAAGAUGAUCACCUUUUUUUUGGUUGGACUGACAGUCCAUGUCGUCUUCUUCCUGUCCAUCUUUGACAUUUACUUCACCUCUCCUUUGGUCCAUGGCAUGACACCCGUGGCCACACUUUUGACUCCACCUGCCUCCAGACUGGUGCUGAUCGUGGCGGAUGGUUUGAGGGCGGACAGCCUCUUCACUCCACUACCCAACGGCUCAUCCAGAGCUCCUUACUUGAGGAGCAUUAUCGAGGAAAAGGGCACCUGGGGUGUUUCCCACACGCGUGUGCCCACUGAAUCCCGCCCUGGUCAUGUCGCUCUCAUCGCUGGCUUCUAUGAGGAUGUUAGUGCUGUUGCUAAAGGUUGGAAGGAGAAUCCUGUGGAGUUUGACUCUGUGUUUAACGAGAGCCGCCACACUUGGUGCUGGGGCAGCCCUGAUAUUCUGCCCAUGUUUGCAAAAGGUGCGAGUGGAGACCAUGUGUACACCCACACAUAUCCAGCAGCCGAGGAAGACUUUGCCUCCACAGAUGCAUCCAGGCUGGACAGCUGGGUGUUCACGCAAGUCAAAUCAUUUUUUCAAUCAGCGAAGUCAAACCCCACUUUGAUGACCAGUCUGCUGGAGGAUAAGAAUGUCUACUUUCUGCAUCUACUGGGCAUUGACACAAAUGGACAUGCUCACAGACCAAUGUCACAGGAGUAUCUAAACAAUAUUGGCCUUGUAGACUCUGGUGUGUCAGAAAUGGUGGCGAUAGUUGAAGACUUCUUCAGCCAUGAUGGCAGAACCUCCUAUGUGUUUACCUCAGAUCACGGCAUGACCAAUUGGGGUUCUCACGGUGCAGGACACCCCUCAGAGACGCUCACCCCAUUAGUGGUUUGGGGGGCAGGAGUGCAGAGCCCCCACAAAGUGACUGAAACUCAGCUUUAUAAUGAUGGCUACUUGCAAGACUGGAAACUGGAGCACUUUAGAAGGGUUGAUGUCAAUCAGGCUGACAUUGCUCCUCUCAUGGCUUCGCUCAUCGGGGUACCCAUUCCCGUCAACUCUGUUGGUGUGUUGCCGCUCCUCUACAUAAACAACACAGACCAGUUUAAAGCGAACUGCAUGUAUACUAAUGCAAUUCAAAUACUGGAACAGUUCAAGAUGAAAAUGAAGCAGAAAAAAGAGACAACGUUAUCGUUCCUCUUUACGCCUUACCAACCUCUGACUAAGUCAAAACAAUUAGAAUUCAUCCACAAAGCAAGAAUACUGAUGCAGCUGGAAAAUUAUGGAGAAGCUAUCUCCCUCUGUCAAUCUCUGAUAUCCCACGCUCUUGAAGGCCUCGUUUACUACCAUACCUACGACAGGUUCUUUUUAGGUUGCAGCGUGGUGCUGGGAUUUGUAGGCUGGAUCUCAUACGUCGUCCUCGUCAUCCUGAAGACUCACGCCAGCCUCAACAUGCACCCUGAUAUCCUCACGCAGAAUCCCAGUCGUACCUUGCUGAGGCUGUGUGUGUGUGUCACGGUGGUAAUCAGUGUAUUCCUGCUCAUCCAGAGGAGUCCGAUCACUUACUAUGUUUACUGUUUGCUGCCUGUGCCUGUGUGGUACUCUGUUCUUAAAGAGUCUAAAACACUGACAGACUUGAUUCAGGUCGCUCCUGCACUGCCACUCUGGAAAUGUCUCGGCUACUUUGUGUUGGUAGCAUUCGGCAUUGAGCUACUGGUGGUGAGUUUCUUCCAUCGCGCCGUGCUGACAGUGGGCUUGGCUGUGCUCUCAUUGUGGCCGAUGCUGUCAGGGCUUUUUGGGAAGGCCAAGUUCCGAUCAUUGAACUGGUUUCUGGGAUGCCUGUGUUUGGCUGCAUUCCCGCUGAUGCCUGUUGUGGGAAGAGAGCCGAACAUCAAUCUGGUAGCAUGUGCAGGUCUCCUCACUCUUUUUACAUCAGCUUGUUUCCUCUGGCCGUCCCACAAGAGGACACCACUGCACACUAAUGAUAAACAGCAGUUUGUCAUCCAGAUGUUGCAUGUGGCCGUGUGUGCGUACGUGCCCUCCCUCACACACUCCAGCCUGCAGCAAAAACAGGGUCUGCCUCUUCUCAAUCAGAUGAUCAGCUGGGCCACAUUGGCAUCUUCCAUACUUGUUCCACUGAUGAGCUCCACUCGCCUCUUUCACCGGCUUCUCAGCAUAUUCCUCUCUCUCACAGCCACCUACUUGCUGCUUAGCACGGGGUCAGAGGCUUUUUUCCCGCCAGUGUUAUCCUGGUUGAUGUUUGUGUGGAUCAACAUUGAACAGGAAGCAAUGCUCGCUGAAGGCUUAUCUGGAAGACAAGAGCUUUCCACUAUUGAUUUCUCUGCCAGCAUUGACAUCUCCAAAAUUCGCCAGCUCAAGUUGGAUGACAUCCGGCGAUCCUAUUUCUUUGUUUUUUUCAUAAUAACAGCUUUUUUUGGCACUGGAAACAUAGCAUCCAUUAACAGCUUUGACCCAGCGUCUGUUUAUUGUUUCCUGACGGUCUUCAACCCUUUCAUCAUGGGAGGGUUGAUGAUGUGGAAGGUCAUUAUUCCAUUCAUAAUCGUGAUGUGUACAUUUGAGACCAUCCAAGUUACAACGCAGCUGUCAUCGAGAAGCUUAUUCCUCAUAGUCCUUGUUAUAUCUGACGUGAUGGCUUUGCACUUUUUCUUCCUGGUGCAGGACUAUGGUAGCUGGUUGGACAUUGGCACAAGCAUUAGCCACUAUGUGAUCGUGAUGUCAAUGACCAUCUUCCUGAUGCUUCUCAGUGUGGUUACACACAUCCUCACCUCGCAAAGACUGGUUCUGUGGCGUACACGCAAGAUGCACUUCCUUUAAGUAAACAGAAGUCUAGUUAAGCCAGACAGUUAGUGUUUAGGUGGUUGUCUUUCAACAAUAUGGUGGAUGUAUUUCAUAUUCAGGGGAAUGUACUGUGCUACACAAAAAGUCUUGUGUGAUCCAUUUUUUAACUUAAGCAACAGCGGUGAGUAGAGUAGCCAAAAAUUGUACUUUAGAGCUCAGUUACUUUAAAGCAGGGCUAUUAAACUAGUGGCCCGGGAACCAAAUCCAACCCAAAAAUGACACCAUAGGACCCCAGGUUCAGUUCGAAACUUGGAGCAUUUUUGCAGCAAAUUAAUAAAAACACUAGAGUUCUUCUGUUGUAAAGAGGAACUUGGAGCACUAAACACAUUGGCAAAUUCUUGCAUUGACAUUUUAACCUGGCUAACAAACAGAACACUGUGGUACACACUUGUGGUGUACGUAAAUAACUGAGGUGUUCCUCAAGGCACCCCUUUGAGUACUCUCCUUUUUGGCAGUUUUUUUUUGCAAUAUGAGUUAUGUAACUAAGGGGUUUGCUGGAGCUUGUUUACUUCACAUGCAGUUAGUAGUCAUUCGUUCAACUUCUUUAGUUACACUAGUAGUGCUCCUCAAGUUUCCAUUUUAGGUCUUUUCUUUUUCAUCAUUUGGUUAAAAAAAUUUGUGAGAGACUUAUUUUUUUGCAACAGAUUCUUCAACUGCUGUCAUAGAUAUCAUCUUUGACUAGCUUUUUUGCCGAAAGUCCUUCAAAACGGCAGAGCGCUCCUGUAACUGGCAAAAUAAAUAGACAAACAUCCAAUGUAUACAGUUGAGGAAACUGGUUUUUCGGAAUAUACAAAAAAAAAAGAGUAAUAGUGAAGGGAGAAAUCCGGCCCCACAGUCCUUAGCUUUCUGGAAUUGUGGCCCCCAAAACAACUUAAAAAGACACCUUUCUGUUUUCCACUAUAGAAACAGACAAUGAAACUUUGUUCUAUUCUAUUCUUAGUUGAAUAUCCCUGCUUUGGUGUAAUAUGAGUCAAGUAAAAGAAAAAAGUACUCAUCCAAAUAACUCCCUUAGUGUAAGUAUUUAGUGAAAAAAAACUACUCAAGUAUCAGUAACUACUACUGAUAUAGAUAUAAAUGUUAUUUUUAAUAGUUUGUAAGUAAACAUUGACCUCGCCUUAGUAGUUUGAGUGCGGUCAUGUAACUCCCAGGAUCUGUUUGAUUGGUGAAAUGGAGUCAAACGUCACUAGUGCUUACGUUGGAUUAGAUAAAGAGUCAUGUGACAUUGCCUCCUGGAAGAAGUCUCUCUUACAAGCCAAAAUAGUUUGUCUUUGCAAGCUGUAAUCAUUAUUUUAAUAUUAUGACAUGGGGUGAUUGGCAUAAAAUUCAGUGUAACAAAGUAAAAGUAGUGUUUCUUCUUCACAAAAAUACUCAAAAGUAAAAAGUAUGUUGCAUGAAACUGUCUGACAAGUACAAUUUACUCAAAAGGUUAAUUGGGUAAAUUUAACUGAAUAAAUGUAGCACAUUACUACCCACCUGUGUUAAUAGGUUAAAGGACACACAUUUAGGUAACUUAUUGUGAUUUGCAAAGAAAUAUAGGAUAAAGUGUGACGUGUUUGUCAUUUAUUUUGGUACAUCAAUGACACUAAUGCAAAAGGGAAAAAGACGCCAUUGCAAAGUUAUUAACUAUCAUUUACCUCAGCUCUGUAUUGUAUGCAUAUGUAUUUAAAGAAUAAUGGAACGUUUUAAUCAUUACUUACAUGAACGCUUUUUUGCACAAACCUAUGUUUUGUACAGGAAUAUUUUUAUAUUAACACUUUUCAAACUGCUACUUGAGAAGAGUUUGGACUGAGAACUAUGUUUGGUAAGGGUAUUUUUUCUUCUUCAUACAUGCAGCACUAUUGUGUUGAAGGGAAAAAUUGUCCAUAUUUUUAAUUGAUGUGCUGUAAUAAAAAUGAUAAGGUCCAAUUUUUUUGGGCCUCGGAUCUGAUCCGAUUUUGAGUCCCGAGUCAAUACUUUGACAAUAGAUAAUACAAUUGAAAAUGAUUUAUAGCAAGGAACUAAAGUAAACACAUCUAUAUAUUGUUGUAAAUCUAAUGAUGCAUUACAUUUGUGGUAUUGAAUGCUACAUACAUUUUUAUAACAAAAUAAAGUGGCUGGUGCACAAUAAGUAAACCAAAACAAAAAGUUAUAUUGGUUCACAUUUAAAUCGUUUGGGUUUUGCCCUCAUAACCUUCCUGCAUCCAGACACUUACUCCCUGAGUUUGUAAACAAUAACAAAAAUGACCAAAAAAAAUGAUUUUGUAAUAAUAACAACAAGAAAAAUAUAUAUAUCGAUUUAAAAUCAUUUAUUAACUGAUUCCAUAUAGCCAUCAAUAGUAUAGAAAUCUGGAUUAAUCACCCCUACUUUACAUUGAAGCUUUCGCUUUUUGUGUCAUCCUGCUCGGUGUGUGUGUGUGUGUGUGUGUGUGUGUGUGUGUGUGUGUGUGUGUGUGUGUGUGUGUGUGUGUGUGUGUGUGUGUGUGUGUGUGUGUGUGUGUGUGUGUGUGUGUGUGUGUGUGUGUGUGUGUGUGUGUGUGUGUGUGUGUGUGUGUGUGUGUGUGUGUGUGUGUUUGUAUAGUUACUCUCCAGUUAAUAUGAUCAUUGUUGGUUUAUUCAUUGGUUUUAUUGCACUGAGUUAUGUGAUGUGACAUAUUUUAAACCAAAAGUGUCACUAAUUUAAAUGACUGGACAGGCGAGAGAAGAAGAAACAGAUGUUUUGAGCUGAAGUGACAUUAUUGGACACAUAAUAAUGCCAAGUACUGUAUAUAAAGUGAAGAAGACAGCCUGAUUGUCACUACUGACUAAACAAACUGCUCCUAUAAAAAGAAAAAAACUAAAUUAUUUUAGUUUUUAUUAUGCAGUGGUUACAUGUUCUUUAUAAUCAACUGCACAGGAAAUGUUUUCAAAAUAAUUUGAAAUUGAAAAGGUUUAUGAUACUAACUAACAAUUUGAGUCACAUUAUGUACAUUUGAUGUUAUCACUUCCCAUCCUUUUGAUUUUGGGACUUUUUCAGUUUAUAAUUCUGAUAAGCAACAGCAUGUGCUGCAAUGUGCCUUCUGUUUUUUUGGGGGGCUGUCAUCAUCAUGCUUCCACAUUACAGAUACUUCCCUUUUGUCUUACUCCUUGAUAACUUAUGUUGAAUUAAUAUGUUCAGUACAGUAGCAACGCUAACCCAACAAGGGACUCCUCCCAGUAACCCCACCCACUCGGCAGAUGACUUUAUGAAUUAGUUUAAUAAGAAAAUGUAACUCAUUGGAAAGGAGAUUAAAGACAACGGUUCUAUUAACACAGAUACGAAUGUAUAUACGACAGAUAUUGCCCUCCAAAAUAGUCUCUCUCUUUUUGAUGAAAUAACAUUAGAGGAACUUCUGCGGCGUGUAAAUGGGAUAAAACAAACAACAUGUUUACUUGGCCCACUUCCCGGGAAACUUAUUAAGGAGCUGUUUGUAAUAUUAGGACCAUCAGUGCUAAAUAUUAUAAACUAAUCACUUUCCUCUGGCACUGUUCCCCCAGCAUUCAAAAAAGUGGUUAUUCAUCCUCUGCUCAAAAGACCUAACCUCGAUCCUGACCUCAUGGUAAAAUACCGGCCGGUGUCCCACCUUCCCUUUAUUUCGAAAAUCCUUGAAAAAAUUGUUGCACAACAGCUAAAUGAACACUUAGCAUUUAACAAUCUCUGUGAACAAUUUCAGUCCAGUUUCAGGGCAAAUCACUCUGCGGAGACAGCCCUCGCAAAAAUGACUAAUGAUCUAUUGCUAACUAUGGAUGCUGAUGCGUCAUCCAUGUUGCUGCUUCUUGAUCUUAGCGCUGCUUUCGAUACUGUCGAUCAUAAUAUUUUAUUAGAGCGUAUCAAAACACGUAUUGGUAUGUCAAACUUAGCCUUGUCGUGGUUUAACUCUUAUCUUACUGACAGGAUGCAGUGCGUUUCCCAUAAUGUGACCUCUGAGUAUGUUAAGGUAACGUGCAGAGUUCCACAGGGUUCGGUUUUUGGCCCUGCACUCUUCAGCAUCUACAUGCUGCCGCUAGG